CCGACGACGUCAACGGUUCCGCAUAUCUGCCGUUCAACAUCUCCUCAAGAGGUUCUCCAACCUAUUGUGCCUUUCUUCAUUUUCCCACCGCCCUCUCUUCCAUUCUCCGCAUUCCCACGAACGAGCCUGACAAGCAAAACCUGCGAAUUACCGCCAGCGAUCAAGAAACGGACGACGGCAUGUCCAAGAGACUCACCUAUGCUGCGGUCGCCGCAAAUGGCGCCGCCUCAAAAGAAGGCAGCGAAGUCAAUCCGCCUUCAAUAGACAAGCAGAAGCUCCUGCUUUCCAGCGACAGCGGGCACUUCUCGCUCAUCCGCGCGCUGCACCUGGCAGACCUAAUUACCGAGCUGAACGGCCUCUGCGGCAUUCUGUCUCUCUUUUCCUCGAUGCGCUACUGCCUCGGUGACCCGACACAGCAUGGCAACCUCUGGGCGGCGCUCGUCUUUCUCCCUCUAGGCUUCUUCUUCGACGCCCUGGACGGCACGGUGGCGCGCUGGAGGAAAAAGAGCAGCUUGAUGGGCCAGGAGCUGGAUUCGCUCGCCGAUCUAAUCUCUUUCGGCGUCUCCCCCGCCGCCCUCGCCUUCGCAAUCGGCAUCCGCUCCCCCCUCGACCACCUCGCGCUCGCCUUCUUCGUGCUCUGCGGCCUGACCCGCCUGGCGCGCUUCAACGUGACGACGCAAAACAUCCCCAAGGACAGCACGGGCAAGGCGCGCUACUUCGAGGGCACGCCCAUCCCCACCACGCUCGCGCUCGACGCUGUCAUGGGCUGGUGGAUCUCGCAGGGCUGGAUCCAUGAGGGCCUGCCCGGUGGCGUGUGGUUUGCGGGCAGCGCGUUGGAGUGCCACCCCGUUGUGGUCAUGUUCUUUGUGCAUGGAUGUUUGAUGACGAGCAGGACGAUUCAGAUUCCCAAGCCCUGAGUUUGAGUCACGGGUCUGGGGGGUUUAUUCAGGGUAGGGGGAUCUUGCUGGGAGUAGAUUUGUCUAUGUGUCUUGAAAGUCUUGACAUAGGGCGAUUGGGGUUGGGAUUACGGAUGGGAGAUGGAAGGGUACAGCGUUGGGAACGAGCGAGCAGAUAUACAUGCAUACACACGCUAUGAAUUUCCACAGCGAAAUACGAUGGGGCUCAAACGGAGAGUGGAGUUUCCUGGGUUUACAUUAGCAUUGGUUUGGUGUACUCUACUUUGCAUAUCGCAGCCACAGUCUCGUCUCGCAUUACAUCCGUCUGAUUCAAGUU